AUGUCUAUUCAGAAUACAGAAUCCGGAAGUAAUUUCGCUAUUGUAUUGUUCUUAGGUGCUUCGGAUGUCCCUCACAUUGAGAGUUCCGAUUCCGAACAUUCAUAUAGAGACUCUGAUGAUGAAACUGCUGAGAUUGAUGAGGACAAACUAGAUGAGAUUGAUACUGCAGGAGAAUGUCUAUUCCCCAAAGUUCCCGCCCCUAGAAUAGUUGUUACUCCCAGUGGUGAUAAAGUCUGGAUUCCAUCUUGUGACGAUGUCUACAAACCACGAACAAACCAGCACUUUCAAACACUAGAAGAUGCCUUUAUAUUUUAUCGGGAAUAUGGGCGGCAAGGUGGAUUUGAUGUUCGUAAGUCCGGACAAAAAUCCAACAGAAGUGGUAAUGUGGUGUCCAAGAAAAUUAUGUGUAACUGUGGUGGUACUCCUACUCCUAGCAAAUCAAACCUUAAAGAUGACAUGACUGCAGAUAGUUCGCAAGUUAGAAGAACCACGUCCCGUAGAUGUGAGUGCGAAGCUCACAUUGUUUUGAAAGCUGCAGGAUUAAGGGGUUUUGUGAUUAUGAGUUUUGUGGAAGAGCAUAAUCAUCCUUUAGCAGUUGGAGCGGAAAAUAUGUUUUUGAGAUGUAACCGUAAAGUAUCUAAAAGUCAGCAAAAUUUUAUUAUGGAUUGCUCUCGAGCGAAGAUUGGUGCAACACGAGCUUAUAAUUUAGCCAAGGAGAUGGUUGGCUCAUACGAGAACGUUGGUGCUACGGUUUCGGACUUCAAGAAUUUUGCACGAGAUGUUAAACUUGGAAUUGGAGAAAACGAUGCUAGUUUGAUUAUCGACAAAUUUAAACUACGAAGGAAGUCAUCCAAAGAUAAAUUCUAUUAUGAUUACAAGACGGAUCGAGAAGGGCAUUUGACAGGAUUGUUUUGGACGGAUGCAAUUGGCCAAGCUAAUUAUGAGAUUUUUGGCGACAUUGUUUCAUUUGAUCCAACGUUCCGCACUAACAAGUAA